GUCCAGAGAGUAUCUUGCCUGACGACAUUGCCACUAGAUUCUAAUUGUAUUAUGACUGACCCUGUAGUUCUGCUCACGCAACGGGAUUAUGAGCAGCCCGGAGCACACACAUGCGGCCGUACGCGGCGGCCGCUAAAAUCGCGUGCGGCCAAGUCCCCAUUUCUAGCACACCAGUGGGUUUCGCCAGCUGUGGAGCCGAGCAGUCUGAAACAACAGCAUUCUCAUGCUGAAGCCCUAACGUACGACCCAUCAGCACGUUGCUGGUAUAUCGCCGCUUGAUAACACUUAGCCAUGAGAAUGUCUGAUCUCUGAAUCCCUGCCGGCGUGCACUGACAUGUUUAUGAGAACGCUCAUUCGAGCUGGCCUUGCGCUGGUACUAGCAGCUAGCAUAUCCAUAACUCUCGUUGUCUCUGUUAUCAAAGACAAUCUUGCUCCUACGGAAACAGGGCACCUCGAGAUUCAAUCCAAGGUUCACAAUGCAACUGGCAUCCGUUAUGUCAAGAACUCAGGAAUCUGUGAAACAACUCCGAAUGUUACCCAAAUUUCUGGUUACAUUAACGUUGGAACGAACAUGUCCAUGUGGUUCUGGUUCUUCGAGUCUAGAAACUCACCGGAAACAGCCCCAUUCACUCUAUGGUUGAAUGGCGGCCCUGGGUGUUCUUCUAUGAUCGGAUUAUUCCAAGAGAACGGGCCAUGCUUGGUGAAUGCCGACCGUAAUUCCACCACUCUUAACCCCUACAGCUGGAACAAUCUUAGCAACAUGAUCUACAUCGACCAGCCAAUCGGAACAGGGUUUUCUUACGGUACUGAUACGGUAAACAGCACGGAAGCCGCUGCGCCCUUUGUAUGGACUGCAUUUCAGGUUUUGUUUGAAAGCCAGCUAUUUUCGAAGUAUGCCAGUCGAGAGUUCAUCUUUGCCACAGAGAGCUAUGGUGGUCACUACGGACCCAGCUUUGUGACCUACUUCGAUGAGCAAAACGCCUUAAUCGCUAGCGGGGAGAUUGAUGCUGUUCCAAUUGUUGUCAGCGCCCUGAUGAUCAACAAUGGCUGGUAUGAUCCACUCAUUCAGAACAUCGCAUACCUAAACUUUGCGACUUAUGCCCCUGGCUAUGGACAGCUCCAGCCAGAUGAUGUUCUCAAGAACAUUUCGGAUUCCCUAUACGGUCCUGAUGGUUGCGUAGCGCAGGAGAAUGCCUGCUACGCUGCCGGAACUUCCACACACUCAAAUAAGAUCUGCCGGGACGCCGAUAAUUACUGCAUUGACAAUGUCUUCACCCCUGCUGCGGGCGAUUACGACAGCUAUGAUAUCCGUCAAAAUUCAUCUGCUUUGUUCCCCCCUGAAUACUAUGUGCAUUAUCUACGCAAACAGGAUGUUAUGAAGAAGAUCGGUGCUCAGGUCAAAUACGAGGAAUGCCCAGACGCACCCUAUGAGAAAUUUGUAAAGACAGGCGACGACGCUAGAACAUGGCUACCCCAGCUAUCAGCUCUGGUCAACUCUAGGAUGAAAAUUUUGAUUUGGGCUGGAGAUGCUGAUAUGAAUUGCAACUGGCUUGGGGGCCACGCGUCAGUUCUAGCGAUGGAUUGGUAUGGCAAUGAGACGCUCCACAAUACCCCACUCACCAAUAUGACGAUCGACGGCAAGCCUGUUGCGGCUGUGCAGAACGUCGACAACUUCUCUUUUGCACGGGUGUUUGGUGCUGGACACGAAGUGGCUGCCUUCCAGCCUCAAGCAGCUUUAGAGAUUUUCUCGCAAGUUGUUCGCAAGGAGCAACUUCACUCCGUCUGAGGAGUGAAUUUGGGAGCACACAUCGU